CCCUUGUUUAUUUCCGGAAGUAAGGCGUUCUCUGUGUCAGACUUUCCAUAAGGAUUCUUUAACUAAAAUUUACACAGCCAAGACGACAGGUGAGUCCUCAUCCACGAGAUGGCACAUUGGUUUCACAGAAACCCACUGAAGGCUACGGCACCUGUGUCCUUCAACUUCUAUGGAGUGGCCGGGAGUCCAUCUGCAAACAAGAUAUGCAAUGACUUGAGGACAACUAGAGCAAGGCUGUUGGAGAUGUUUACUGAUGUCACCUGCAACCCGGAGAUAAUGAAAAAUGCAACAGAUGCAUACUUCUCCCUUCUUCAAGGAUUUAUCUUGUCCUUGGAUGGAACUACACAGGAGAACAAGAUGAGAUUCAUCCAGAAUUUCAAAUGGACUGAUACCCUACAAGGAAAUACACCAAGUGCCCAGCAAGAUGUAGUCUUUGAGCUGGUUUCCAUGGCCUUCAAUGUAGCUGUGUGGUACACAAAGUUUGCCUCCAGACUAGCAGGAAAGGAAAACAUAACUGAGGCUGAAGCGAAAGAUGUUCACCGGAGCCUUAAAGUUGCAGCUGGUAUUUUCAAAAACCUCAAGGAGGUCCACAUUCCUCGUCUUAUCACUCCGGCUGAAAAGGGUAGAGACCUGGAACCACGAGUGAUCGAUGCAUACAUCAUCCAGAGCCAAGCAGAGGCACAAGAAGUGACAAUUGCCAGAGCCAUUGAACUGAAGCACAAUGCCUCACUCAUUGCAGCGCUGUCAUUCGAGACCGCAAACUUCUAUCAGAAAGCCGACCACUCACUGAACACCUUGGAGCCGGAGUGCAGUAGCAAAUGGAGGAAGUACCUCCAGCUGAAGCAGCACUUUUACAUGGCUUAUGCAUACUGCUAUCAUGGGCAGACCCUGCUGGCGAGUGACAAGUGUGGUGAAGCAAUACGGUCCCUCCAGGAGGCAGAAAAGUGUUACGCCCGUGCUGAGUCACUUUGCAAAGAGUAUCGUCAGACAAAAGGCCCUGGCACCACAGCUAAACCAUCGGAGCAGCUGUUCUUCCUCAAACUGGGCACUCUCAUCAAAAACACUCUGGAGAAAUGCCAGAGAGAAAAUGGCUUCAUAUACUUCCACAAGGUCCCGGCUGAGCCCCCUAUGCUGGAACUGAAGGCAAGUUACGGCCUGGUUGAGCCGGUCCCUUUUGAGCUCCCGCCCCUCAGCGAGCAGUGCACUGCUGAUGUCUAUGCCACCUUUGACCUGACUAAGGGAGCCAAAAAUGACAAAGCCAAACCAAAGGAGGAGGAGGUGAAACCAGUGAAGGAGCCUGAUUUGAAGCCUCAGAAGGACACCGGCUGUGUUAUCGCCUAAAUCUCCCUCUGAUGCUGCCGUCAGCCUCAUCAGCUGAAAUGAUGGCAUCUGUAUUUUAUUUUAUAUAAACCUCUAUAAGGUUUUUUUCAUCAUUAAUCCAUGCUGUUUUACAUUCAUGCUGAAAUGUGUGUUUUGUAUUAGGGUAUUUCAAUCAUCCUUCAUCUUAGCCAAACUCAGCCACAUUCUCUCAACAACUUUUCAUAAAGUAAACUUAAACAUUUUAUGAGCUGGAAGUUUCCUCCAGGUAGAUCGGAGUAGUUACUGUAAAAUCCGGUGUAUAAGCCACACUUUGAAGAUCUAUUUUUUAUCUUAAAGUUGUCUGUGUUCUAUAUACCGAUGGCACAAUGUAACAGCAUGAGGUGCUCAGACAUGCAAUGUCAUUACUCUAGGUGUGUGUAGCUGCCGCUCUCAGACACUGACCGAUAACCCUGGUCAUCGUGUAUUUCAAGCAACUGCUUCACUGCUCAGAACAUGCUGAAAUCAGAAUACUGACAAAAAACAUGUAGUCGGUGUAGUAGAGCUGUGAGCACCAAACAGCCAUGCGUAAGUAAUAGGUUCUUUGCAGAUGAUCUACAUAGAGAAAUGUGACCAUUAAGGACAUGUUUUGAGCUGUUUAUGACUGUUCAAAGUGUGAAAAUAAAAACAUUCUUAAUUCUUAAGCUACUUUUAAAAUAUUUGUUUAAAAAUGUAAAAAAAAAAAAAAAACUCGAUUAAAUUAAGUUACUUAUUCCAGCAAGCAGACAGAACUGCUGCAGUGAGCAUAAAGAAAACAAUUUGCAUGGCAAACAACUGUGCACCUAAAAAACAGUUUCCUCCUGUUAGAUUGCUGAGACGCAGGCUCAAGCAGAGAAAUGUUGCUCAGGAGUUUGGAAAGUGCUUGCAAUAUAUCAUGUUUUCAUGGCUGUUUGAUUUGUACUUGCAGCUUUUCUAAAGCCUGAUUUUUUUUUUAUCUUUAUUGGUGGUACAUUUUGUCAGUAUUUUGACUUAUAUAAGUGCCACCUUUUAACCGCUUUUCUCCCUCAUCAGGUCAAAAUAGCUAGUAGGUGUGCAAACACUGUAUGGUGAAAACCAAUGGCCCUAAAGAACGACACAGCUGCACAUCCUGCACGUUGUGGACUUGCCUAAACUGAACGGAAAUCAUCACACAUUAGGACAGUUAAACCAUUUUUCCUUUGAGAGAUUAGAAAAUACAUAAAUAAAGACUGUGGCUUAUACACUAGGGUGACUUAUACUUAAGAUUUCACAGUACAUUUCAGCUGAAAUGAAUUUAAACAGGGCCAUGUAAAUAUGUAAAAUCAUAGAUAAUGCAGACUAGUUCUAUAAAUUGUGCGUUUGUCAGGAUUAUAAACCCUGAGACAGAGGCUCGACAACAAAAGGGUCUGUUUUUCACCACUUUUGCACUUGAGUGCUCUGACCUCAUCCUGGAUGACUGAAAAACAUGCCAACUUCCUUAAAAUACAAACCAAAACAGCUGGUGCAGCAGUCAUGUCUGAGAUGAUAAAAUUGUAAUUGAGAUGUUUAAUUUUCACCUGUUUAGAGAAAGUGAUCCCAGCAUCUGUGAGGUGACAACAUAGGAAGCUGAUUCCCCACAAUCGGCCUUUUAGUGAAACUUUAAGAUGACGUGUUGAGAACCCGCUCAUAAAACUCGUCUGGUCGAGUGCAAAGGAACUGACAGUGUUGUAUUCAAAUCAGUGGUGGGCCAAUGAAACACGACGACUGUGUCCUCCAUUGUUGGUACAUUUGGUUUGUUAACUGUAGCAGUUUACAAUCAGUUUGAUUUAUAGUGUACUGUAGCUGUUUUUGUUCAUGGCAUGAUGAAGGUUUUUUUCAUUAUACUCUUCAUUUAGGAGACAUUUAAGUGAAUCAUUUUUAUCAUUAUAAGGGGUUCUGUGAUACAUUCCCUAUAGUAGUAGUUCUUUAUUUAUUUCUAUCAUUUUUCAUGAUGGUGUUGUUAUAACUAAACACUAUGAUGGCUAACAAUCGAUGUAAAUCACAUGAUUUUUGGUAAGUUGAUUUUUAUGUUUAAGUUUCAGUGGAAACACUGGAACAACCACUCAUACAUAUGUAGGUUUGCUGGAGAGGAUGUUGUAGUCCAUAUAUAUAAUGCACUUACCUUACACCAGGGGUGUCCAAACUAAGGCCCAGGGGUCAGCUAUGGCCCGUGGUUCAUUUUAAAUUGGCCUGCAGCUAUCAUAAAAAUUGAAUGGCUCACACUAUCUGCACAUUUCAAGGUCAUGCUAAUCAUCUUUAAGCACCAGCACCCCUGUAAAGUUUGGCAGUUUUUGUGCAGUUUGCUUUUUUGUGUCUUAAUGUUGAGCCGUGGCACGAUUCUCAUCCUGACCAGGGCAGAUCCAGCAUUAGCCAGGUCCAACAGGGGCCCCUUUCGUAUCUUAUUAGAAAUUGAUCGCUUACUUGCCUUGGGAUGUAAGACUUUAUUAUUUUACUAGCAUAUUUUAACCCACUUUGGAUUGGCUUCUCUAACUUUAGCGCACUAAAGAUGAGGUAUAUCAAAGCAGCUCAGUCAUUCUUAGGUUGCUCCUUGGAAAAACUUUGGACACCCCUGCUAUCCAUGAACCAUUUGAGGAAUGAGCGUCAGUUCUGGGGAUUUGUCGAUGUGAACAUUGGAGGCUAAAUUUUUAUUUUUCGCUGCUGAAUAGCUGCUCCAGCCGCUUCACAAAUGUUGCCUACAGUAUGUUGUCAAAUACCCCCCACUAUAAAAUAUAAGGCCGUGUCUUGUAAAGCAUAACAGUUGCUUAUAUUUCCUGUUAUAUACUGCUUCCAUGCACAUAUUCCCUCACGUGUGUAUUAAGCCUACCCGAGCUUACUGUAAUGAAAAAGCAGCCAAGUUUGUCCAAGUAUUGUUGAAGAAGAAUCGGAUAUGCUCACACUUUGUGUUCAGAUGUACAAAGAUCUCAGUAUAGUACUAAUACAGUUAUGAUGGUCAGGCUUGUUUAACCAUUGUUCAUUAUACCUGAAAAAGCUAAUAAAUCAUUGCAGAAAA